GAUAUAUCGCAAUUAACACAGAUACACAGUGUAUCGGUAUUAUUUAGUGCAAGCGUGCUGGGGAAAAACCGACUUUGUAUAUUUUUCAGUGAAAGAAAUCUAGACAUCCCCCGAGGUAUACUACAUCAUAGUUUUCAAUAAAGCGUCAACAAUGAAGAAAGUGUUAUUAACUAAAUCACUGCACAAAUGUGUGACAACAACUGAUGUUAUAAAGAAACCACAAAACCUUGCCACAGCUCCAACAAUAAAUUCAACGAAUGUGCGUAUAAUGCAUAUGCAAACGAAUGUAAUAACCAAUACGUAUAUGCAACGGAAAUCCUUUCAGUCCAUCUACGAGGAGAUUUUUAAGUUGUUAAUGCGUCUGCCCGACAAGGCGUUGCAACAACGCGUAAUUGACGCUAUCAAUGGGCGAACCGAUAAGUCCCCUAUCUUAAACCCCAAUCAGUGUAAACAAUGCUCUAUAAAAGAACAACAAAAAACAAUUAGCCCAAAAGUGAAUGCGUCAACACAAACCGAAAUACUAGAGACUAAAGAGACUACCAGUGGUGAAACAAAUUUAAAUGAGUGUGACAAACAAAUACAGCCUGAGAAACUACUUAAAAAUGAAGACAACUUAUCCAAAACAGAGACACCAACAACUGCAAAAGUACCGCGAAAACGUGGACGCAAACGCAACACGUGUGUGCCCCAGGUGGUCAAAAGAUCAGCGGCCCAAAUGGCGCUACAAGAGCGCGAAGAGAAGCAAUUGACGCCUCUGCCGGUCCCCAAAAAGAAGAAACUGGAGACAACUGUGCCCAGUUCAUCAGACAGUCACUUACCAGUCAAGAGUCCCCUCCAACGUCGAGACUCCUUCUUGUCCAAUUUAUCUUUGAAUCUGAAUGAUCUUGAUGUUAAUAUACUUGACCUGGCCAAUGGGUUGGAUGAUUAUGUAAACAAUGAUAUAAAACGCACAAUCUAUAAGACCAUGGAGGAUGAAUUUUGUAAAGCGGAUCUUAUGUCCGAUAAGGGCUUGCUACCUAUACAUGAUGCUAUUUUGUUAGGCGACGUUCAACGCGUACAGCGACAGGCUUAUGUCUGGUCCAAGCUAAAGGGCAAUGUUGAUUUUAACGAACUGGUAAGCGUGGAUGGCGAGGACUGCUUGCAGCUGGCUCUGACCAACGAUAGUGAUGCGGAAAUAGUGAAGGUCGUUUUGAACGCGGGCGUGUUACCCAAUCAUAUCUAUGAAGACUCCAAUACAGCGCUUCACAUAGCUAUUAUCAAUAAUGUGCAAUUGGAAUCACUUCGUCAACUAAUGCUGCGAAUCGAUCUUAAUCUGCUGUUGCAGAGAAACGAUGAUGGCUACACGGCUUUUCAUAUCGCAGUGCGGCAUAAUCGUUAUAAAAUGGCUGAAAUUAUUUGCGACGCAAUCGAUCAAAGGCAGUUGGGUGAGCCUGUCUAUAAGCGUGCCUCGAAUGAGACGCACGAAACACAUUCAGAUAAUAAUAGUAAAGGAACGGAUGUCAAGGAUGAGAAACAAUUUGCCAAGUUCUAUGAACACGCUUGCGAUCGAUUGGAUAACAAUAAAGAUAAAUUGCUCACGCAUCAGUUGAAGCGUAAGAUAAUCAAUGCUUCGGAGGCACGUGCGGGCAACGUAAGUCUCUUCUAUGCCAUUGAAGGAGAGCUGGAACAUUUCUGUUACUUCUUGCUCGCUCACCUAACAAAUCCCGAUGAGGAGAAUCUGAGCGGACAUAGCCCCAAAUCGUAUCAUUAUGAAUUUGCUCGAGUGCUGCGUAUAAAUCUAAAAGUAUCGCGCAUUAUGGACAAAGUGAUUGGCAUUCUAAAUGCUACAUCAAGAUGAAUAUGAAGAAUAUAAUUUGUAGCUAAUAAAAUUUAAUUUUUCUUAUUCCUAGCCCUAAAUAAUUUAUAUUUUU